CGACGACGAAGAGCACCAUGGACGCCGCACCCCAGCCCCCCUCUUCGCUGCGCGUAGCGGCCGUCGUGUCCUUCUACAUGGGAGCUGCCCUGGUUAUGGUCUUUGUUAACAAGGCAGUCCUUAACUCCUCGCCGGAUCUCCCUCUCCUCUUCCUCUUCAUCCAACUCAUCAUCGCCGUCAUUCUCCUUCAUGUCUCUGCAUUCUUCUCCCCGAGAAUCGAGAUUCCGAGACUCGACCUGCACUCGGCUAAGAAGUUGGCCCCUGUCGUCAUCGUCAAUAUCGUCGGUCUCGUCUUCAACACACUCUGUCUCCGUGACGUCGAGGCUUCAUUCUUUCAGAUUGCACGCGGACUCGUUCUCCCGCUCACCAUCGCUGUCUCCACCACCGUCACCCACGUACAACCGUCCAGUCGCACCGUUGCAGCUGCUGCUCUUGUCACUGUCGGUUUCUUCGUCGGCGUCGCGCCACAGAGUGGUCUUCCCACUUCGGCCGUCCCAUCAACGCUCUCUUUGUUCUAUGGCGUGCUAUCCUCACUCUUCAUAGCUAUCCAUGCUGUUCUCAUCAAGGCAUCGCUUCCCUACUGCAAUCACUCCACCAUUCAGCUCGCAUACUGGACCAAUCUGGGCUCGGCUGCCCUCCUGGCCCCAUUCAUGCUCUUCAAUGGAGAAAUCAUGAAUGUUAUGCAGCUCGCGAGCACGCCAGAAUGGAAUGGCACCGUGUUCAUGUGGGGCUCCCUGGUCACUGGCGUAUUCGGUUUCCUGCUCUGUGUCGCCGGUCUGCUCAGUAUCAAAAUCACGAGUCCUGUCACGCAUAUGUUCUCCUCCGCCGCUCGCUCAGUUAUCCAGACUCUGCUUGGCGUGGUACUCUUUUCUGAUGUGCUCACGUUUAAUCGGGUCGCAUCUAUAUUUACUAUCCUCGGCGGAACGAUGUACUACACUUGGGUAAAAUCCGUAGAGAGUGCGCCUAUAGCGCCUCCGCCAUCGCCGCGGGACGUUGACCUCGAGGCGAUGCGGACGAGUGAGAGGAAUGAUGAGGAAGGUCGAUGGACGGAGGAGAAAAAGGACGAGGGGCAGUAAUCUUGAUUUCUGUAAACAAUUCACGGACUCUGGGACUCUGACAUUACGACUACUCACCUUUUAUCUUGAUUUGUUGACGAUGGACCUUCACGUAGUACUUACAUGCUUCCAGCUCGCUUUCUUGCUAUCGUUUCGUUUCUUGUAUAUACGUAGACGCUUUGACACAUUCAUCGCUCCCGAACAGCACCGACUAGCAAUUCACGGCCUUCACACACC